UUUGCCGAAGCCCGAGUUGAAACCCUCGACCCCGCGCGGAGUUUCUUCACAAAUCGGAGCGGAUUCGCGGCGCGCUUCGUUUCACUUCCAGAGCCUUCUUCUUCCUCCUCCGUGUAGAUUGUAGAAAGUAGAAACCUCUAGGUUCAUUCGCCGCGUAGGAGAGAGCGCAUCCGGAGCUCAUAGUAAGUGGUGGUGGUGGUGGUUGUAGUAGAAGAAGAGGAAGAGGAAGAGGAAGAGGAAGAGGAAGAAGAGGAAGGCGAUGGAGAACGGUGGCGCGGUGGUGGAUCUCCGAUCCGCGGCGGAGGAGGCCGAUGCCGCAGUGGCGCCGCUCAACGAGAUCGAGUCCCUUUGCAUGCGGUGUGGCGAGAAUGGCGCAACGAGGCUUCUCUUGACGCGGAUUCCGCACUUUAGGGAGAUUGUUUUGAUGGCCUUUGAAUGCCCCCACUGCAAUGAGAGGAACAACGAGGUUCAGUUUGCUGGUCAGUUACAGCCCAAAGGAUGUUGCUACCGUUUGGAGGUCCCGUUGGGACGAAGUGAGAUACUAAAUCGUCAAGUUGUCAAAUCUGAUUCUGCAACUAUUAAGAUUCCACAAUUGGAUUUUGAGAUUCCUCCGGAGGCUCAACGUGGGACACUUUCUACGGUGGAAGGGAUUCUUGUACGUGCUGCGGAUGAGUUGCAAGCCCUUCAAGAUGAACGAAAGAAAGUUGAUCCUGAGAAGGCCGAAGCUAUUGACAAGUUUUUGGUAAAACUGAGAGCUCUUGCGUCAGGAAAUGCCGCUUUUACAUUCAUUCUUGACGAUCCUUCUGGAAACAGUUUUAUAGAGAACCCGCUUGCACCUUCAUCGGACCCAUUGCUGUCUAUUAGGUUCUACGAGAGAACACGCGAGCAACAAGCGUCCCUUGGUUUUCUUGUUGAACCAAAUGCAACCGACGAAUCUGGUCAUGCUGAUGAUGGUGCUUCAGCAAAUAAUAAUAUCGUAGUAGUGCCUCAUGGCUUAGUUGGAGCUGUUGCUGGUCGUCGUGCAAUCGCUCAGGGCAACCCUGAAGAAGUUGCUGCCGCCUUAUGUAGAUAUUCGGCGCCAGAGGAGGUUGACACUUUGCCAUCAACUUGUGGAGCUUGUGGAACUGCAUGUGUUACACGCUUUUAUGCUACAAAAAUUCCAUAUUUUCGGGAGGUGAUUGUUAUGGCAACAACUUGUGAUAUAUGCGGCUACCGCAGUGCUGAGUUAAAGCCUGGUGGUGAAAUUUCUAAGAGAGGGAAAAAGAUCACUUUAUAUGUGAAGAAUGUCAAAGACCUUACCCGGGAUGUUAUAAAGUCAGAUUCUGCAGGUGUAAAAGUUCCUGAGCUUGACUUGGAGCUUGCAAGUGGCACAUUAGGUGGGCUUGUCACGACGGUUGAAGGUUUGAUUGCUAAAAUUAGUGAAAGUUUGGAGAGAGUACAUGGAUUUAGCUUGGGUGAUAGUACUGAUGACUGGAAACGGCUAAAAUGGGAGGACUUUAAAUUGAGGCUAACUAAGCUCUUAAGCCUGGAAGAGCCUUGGACUUUGAUUAUUGAUGAUCCAUUGGCGGGUUCAUUUAUUUCUCCGGCUACAGAUGCCAUAGAAGAUGAUACUCAGUUAAGAAGUGAGGAGUAUGAGAGGAGUUGGGAGCAGAAUGAAGAGCUAGGCUUGAAUGACAUGGACACUUCUUCAGCUGAUGUUGCUUACAGCGCUGCGAAUUAAUAAUGAAAGUAACUCAGCUAGUUUCAUCUAUCUCUGUUGUAAUUUAUGGUAAUAUUAUCCGGAAUCUUCAUUAUGCCCAAUUAAGUAGCAUUUUUAACUUUAUUUAUGUGCCAUGCAAUUAGUAGUAAUGAGUUAGGCUAUGUUGUUUUGAA